GUGACGUCACCGAACAACAGAGUCUCACAACACAGGGUGACUGAGGUGCGUCUCCCCUGACCUGUAUCACCCCCAGCUGGCAUGGCAGACCAGAUCAACCAGGAUGAGAUUAGAAAGAAGCGGUUGGCACGCCUUGGGGCAGGUUCCAGCAACAGCAAUAAUGGGGACACUUCCCAAAUACUUGUUCCGCAGUCCCCGCAGAGUCUUCAGUUGUCCACGUCUCCACCGGCAUCUGCUCUUCUGCCUUCACCCUCCAAGAGGCAGCCACCACCCUCACCACUAGAUAUUACACCAUGUAAGAAAGGUAUUGAGCCCAUGGAGGUGGACAGCAAAGAUGAGCUUACUGCAGAUAUAGAGAAUAGUUCUCACUAUCGUAGUGAUAAUAAAAGGCACAGGAGUGUAAGUACAAGUGAGGUGACUGAGGAGAUGAUGUGGGCAACACUAUCCAAUCUUCUUCAUUGUUCAUGGCAAGGUGUUGAUAAUAUCUGUUCAGUCACUGUUCAGGUAACACCUGGUGCAAAAAUGAAUGAAGUAAUAUCACAGGUGUUGAUGGACAUUACAUUACAAAUAUGUGCUGGUGAGGUGUUGGAUGGGUUAGUGGACCCCAACAUUAACCUUUCACAGUCACCAGAACUCAGUGCAUCGCCUACAGGUAGUAGCAGUACAACAGAUUUAUCAGAAUUAACAAAACCCAGCCAAAGACCAGAAGCCACAGCUCUCCUGUAUCUUCUGCAAACUUAUGCACGUGCUAACAAUGAAGAGAAAUCUCAUCCUAAGAGAAGCAGCUCCCCUCCCAUGUUGACGUUACUGGUGGAAGUACGGCGUCAGUGUGUUGCUCACUCCAGUUUGCUUCUCUCAGGUUAUCUAACAAAGUGUGCAGUUCCUGCCCCAUCCCUGCUACUCCAUCCCCUGCUAACAGAGUCUCUGCCACGUGGGUUCUUGUGUGAUCUUAUACAUCACACCUCAGAAAGUCAAGCUGUAUUUACCAAGGUAUUUGGACCACUUCUACAGGGUUUAAGUUCAGCCAUGAGAAGCUGUAGCGUCACGUCCCGCACAUACACCAGAGUCUUUGAAUCACUGGAUAUGCUCACAGAGAUUAAGGUCAUCAACUCCUCAUCCCGACCAAUCUGCAGUCUAAUGGUCUCCAUGAGUAACUGGUGUCCAAAAAGUGAAUCUCAAACAGUUGGUCGGGAGAUUCUCUUUGCCACUCUCCUUGGACCAUUCCUCGGGCUCUCACUUUUUGCAGAGGAUGAUCCCCGUGUGGUGGACAAAUUUGUUAAACAUCAGAGCAAUGGCCGAACAGUACCUGAUGGCUUGCAGGAUCUAGCGAGAGAACUAGAUCACAUGCGCACUACAAUACUCCACAAACUCUUCCACAGUAUUUUGGUAAAUACAAAUUCCCGGGAACCGGUUCUGUUAUAUCUCGCCAAAGUUAUCCGCUACAAUGAGCGCCGUGCACAGAUCCACGUGGAGGAACGCCUGGUAGCUGGAGAUGGACCCAUGAUUAAUUUGCUUUCUGUGCUCCAACAACUUUGUUUUAAGGUAAAACUAGAUAAGGUGGAUCCUUACUACAUGGUCCACCCGGACUCUCUGGUGGACGUAUCAAAAGACUCCCGCCUGACCUUAACCCAAGACGAGGUGGAGGAAUGGGUAAAAAAGCUACGUUCAGGAGAGAAUUUUACAUUCCAGGAAGUAAAUUUUCACAGUCAGUGUUGGUUCCUGACCCUCCAUGCGCAUCAUCUUGGAGUGCUGCCAGUUAUGCGCAAAUAUACCCGCCGGAUCCGAGCCAUCCGUGACCUCCAAAAGAUGGUUGAGGAGAUAGAGAGCACUGAAUCUCAGUGGGGAAGCUUACCUGUAGCAGCCAGACAAAGGGAACUACUCAAGAAGUGGAAAAUGCAGCUGAAGAAACUCAACAAAUCAAAAUUGUGUGCUGAUGCUGGACUCUUGGAUGAAAACUUGUUGGAAAGAUGUAUACAUUUUUAUGCCGGAGUGGCUCAGAUAAUCUUGCGAGCAUUAACUGGGGGACCAACCACCUUAGCUCCUUUAGGAGUAUCACUUGCCGACACUGCCACAAUACUGCCUCUUCCACCUGAUUUGCCGGAGCUGUUUGCUGCGCUCCCUGAAUGGUACCUGGAUGACAUGGCCGAAUUUCUACUCUUCACACUACAGUAUGUUCCCAAAGUGCCCCUCAAACACCUGGAAGAUCCCAUCAUUACUAUGGCCAUUGUUCUCCUGUGCUCCCCUUCACACAUCAAGAACCCCUACCUCACAGCUAAACUAGUUGAGAUGCUGUUUAUGUUGACACCAUCAGUGCAGCAACAUGUGGACACCUUACACCAACGUAUACUUCAUCAUCCAUUGGCUGUACAUCUCCCAGUUGCCCUCAUGAAGUUCUACACAAUGGUGGAGUCAACAGGAGCAAGCAGUGAAUUUUAUGAUAAAUUUACGAUACGUUACCAUAUUAGUGUGAUAUUCAAGAGCCUGUGGGAAGACAGACGUCAUCGAGAAGCUCUUAUAACUGAAUCCAAUACCGGAAAGGAGUUCGUGAAGUUUGUUAACUUACUGAUGAAUGAUACAACCUUCUUGUUGGAUGAAUCUCUGGAUGCCCUCAAGCGUAUCCAUGAGGUACAAGAGGAGAUGGAGAGAGGAACUUGGGCAACACAGACGCGGGAACAGCAACAGCGUCGACAGAGAUUACUGGCAACUGAUGAGAGGCAGUGCAGGUCUUAUCUGACUUUAGCAAGGGAGACUGUUGACAUGAUGCAUUACCUAACAAAAGAAGUUACUGCUCCAUUCUUGCGGCCAGAGCUGUGUGACAGGCUAGCAGCUAUGCUCAACUUUAACCUUGCCCAGCUCUGUGGAGAAAAGUGUGGCAACUUGAAGGUGAGACAAGCAGAUAAGUAUGGGUGGGAGCCCCGAAAACUUCUGGAGCAGCUGGUGGACAUCUACCUACACUUAGACUCAGAUAGGUUUUAUGAGUCUAUUGCUAAUGAUGAGCGAUCCUUCAAGAUAGAGUUAUUUGAAACAGCAGCGUCCAAAUUAGAGCGAGCUGUCAUAAAGUGUACUUCAGAAGUAGCCAAAUUUCAAUCCAUAGGACAAAAGGCUUUUAAUGUCCAACAAGCCAACAAGAAAAAGGAUGAGGAUUAUAGUGAUGCACCUGAACACUUUAUGGAUCCUUUGAUGCAAACGUUAAUGGAGGAUCCUGUAGAGCUUCCAUCUGGUGUAGUAAUGGACAGACCCACAAUUGUCAGACAUUUACUCAAUGACCCCACCGAUCCUUUCACUCGCCAGCCUCUCACAGAAGAGCAACUCCUGCCAGCUGAAGCACUGAAGAAGGAGAUCAGUGACUGGAUUGCAGCUAAAAGUAACCCAAAGAGUGCAUCUUGAGGGCAGGAUGACGAUAGCUGGACUUGCUGUACGUGUUGUGGUGUCCAGGCCAGCUGACCAUUCAUCACCUUAGUUAAUGGGUGUGUUCUCAGUGGUAGACUGUUGUGUGUGGAUGUAAGGUGCACAUCACAGAAAGUUGAAGCAUGGCUACUCCUGCCUCUAAAGGGCUAAGUAGACUGUAAGUGUAAGACUGCUUGCCUUCCAUCAAUUUAGAAAGGUUCAUUUUCAUUCUGGCUUAAAAUGGAUGAGAAUAUGCAGCAGGGUGUUAUUGAUAAUGUAUAUUGUCACUCAUUGAAUUUCACUGACACAUUACUAAUUAUUAUGUCAAUAGAAAAAUCUAGUUGUUAUUACAAUUAAGUAAAAAAAAAUUUGGUUCUUUUUAGGAAAGUUGCAAAAAUACAAAAAAAAACAUUAGUGUAAUUUUGUAUACAGGUAUUUCCAUAAAUUUUCUUAAUUAUUUUCACAAUCUGUAUUAAAGUAUGGCAGCAUAUGUUAUUAACUGAUCAGAGGCUGGAAAAAAUCUGAGUUUGGAAUGAAGGAAUGAGGACCAGCACUGGGACGCUUUCAUGUGUAUUCAUUGCUAUUCCUCAUCUCCAUCAAGUCCAUUGCAAAACUCUUUUUUUUAAGUUUUGAGUGAUAUUCAAUUCACAUUUGUGUUAAUUAUGAAUAAUAAGUUUAUUAAUUUACAAAGUAUGUAGUAAUGUAUUCUUGUGAUGAGGGUAACUGACACAUGGGCCUUAUUUCAUCCAAAAAAUGUUGGUUAGCAAUAGCCAUCCUCAUGUCUGAUGUGUUCAUAACCUCAGCUUGAGUGUGUGUGCCCAGGUGGAGACCUUGACACAAUUAUGGCCUUACACUGUCUGGGAUUAUGCAAGUUGACUUUUUCUUGCAAAUUUGUAACUGUACUUCAUCUGAGCAUACACACUUAUUUAUGGCCUACUGUAUGUGCAUGAAUUGUGUGACAGAUAGUCAUAUGAGAAGGAUUUCUAAAAAUUUCAGUCACAGAUAUUUGACUCCAGCAGUGAGGUGUAUGAGGGGAGUAAUUAUAAGCAGUGUGUCCAUAACUUCAUUGAAUAGUCAAGCAUUGCUCACCUGGUUGGGUUAACUCACUUGUGACCCCAUGUUUGUGGGGUGGUCAGGGACACCCCCAUUUUUAUUUUAUUUGUUCUUUGUACAUUAAAUCUUUUUCAUUUGACAGGCGAAUUCUGAUCCUUCUUCAUAUACAUAAGAAAUAACUAUUUGUAAACAUAGUGACCAAAUUUAAAUUUUUUUAUAAUUUUUACAGUCUCACCCAUGGGGAAACAGCCUUUAGGUCAAGGACUUGACCAGUUUGGGGUUCAGCUCAACUUAGGGAUAAAUACCUAGAGGACCAUGUAGAUCUAUGGUAGGAUCAGUGUGGACCUUCCAUGGAACUCGGUUGUAUGUGUGCAGAAACUAUUAACAGCAUGUAAACGUUGUGGAGAUAAUGGUCAAGGUGCUAAGAUAUACUUUAAAUGGUGAACUUUCUGUAUACAGUACUCAGUUACCUUAACAUAAACAAAAUCAUUGUAGCUUGAUCUGUAAAAUAUCACUAAAAAUUUAUGAAUGAAUUAGAAAAUAUUUUGUAUAUGUGAAUUCUUAUCUUUUCCUCGAGUGAAAACCCCUUGUCAAAAGUGGAAUGCAACAUAUACUUAAACAAAAAUUAAAUAUUGUUGAGGAUGACUAUCAUAGUCAAAGACCAGUCUAACUUUUUUAUUCACAAAAUUGGGUUAGUAAGAUAAACGGUGAUGGUUAGUGAAAUCAUCCUAGUCCUUAGAUCCGUGCUGGUUGUGCAGCCGUACUGUUCUGCAGAUGUGUGCUGGUGUGCAUAAGGUUGGGCAUUCAGCCAUCCUAGUAUUUGGAUCCCCAGACUUGCCAAUUCCCUGCCCUGUAGUUUCCUGCAUCAGUUGCAAGAAAGUUGGUGUAAGAAAUUUUACCUUGUAGCUUUAUUUUCUGCCAACUUGUUGUAAAAUGAAGGAUUUGAACUUUGUUUAAAUUAGUAUGUAUGACUAAAAAUUUAAUAAAUUCUUUAGUAUA